CUUGAAAAUGGAAAAUGGAAUCCCAAUAAAUGGGUUUGAUUUUGAUAGAUUCUAUGAAAUUAUCUAUUUUCCAGUUCAUGAAUAUCAUGACAACUUAAUUUUGUUUGGCAUUGGGGUCAAAUUUUCAUGAAUUUUUUAUCUGAUGACACACAGAAUUGGUUGGACUCCUGUCUAGUACUAGUAUACAGGAAGAUCAAAAGCUUUGCUCCAUAUAAACCGAGGAUUUCUCCGUGGAAAUAAGUAAAAAGGUGGAAGCAACAGCGGAAAGCUGCAUGGUGAUUGUAAAGGUAGACGGCAGUUGUUUUCUUCCUGCAGCUCUGAGGGUGAUGACACUUUCGCUGCCGACAACAUUGAUGAUUGGGUUGAUGAAUAUUCCUCUUCAUCAUCUGUUGAUGACACAGUGGACAACGAUGAUUCCGUUGGCGUUGAGAAUGACUUUUCUUCAUCAGAGUCAUUUCUAGGCAAUGGAAAUUCUUCAGCUCCCUACCACAUCAAUGAUGUGAUGAUUGGAUUGAUGAAUCUUCCUCUUCAUCAUCUGUUGAUGAUACAGUGGACAACGAUGAUUCCGUUGGCGUUGAGAAUGACUUCUCUUCAUCAUCACUGUUGCUCAUGCUUUCUGAAUCAUUCCAAGGGGAGGAGUCAGUACUAGGCAAUAGACCUUCUUCAGCUACAGAAUAAUCAUCGGAAAAUGCAAUGCUUUCCUCUUCUGUAUCCGAAAGAAGAAUCUCUUGGUGACCUCUCGCAGAAUUAUCGGAUACUGCAAUGCUCUCCUGUUCUGUAUCCGAAAGAGGAAUCUCUUGGUGACCACCCUCGGAAUCCUUCUUCUCUCCAUCGACAUGGAUUAUAGUGUGCACUGCAUUCUCCUCCGAAACAAAUAAGCAUAACACAAACAAAAAAGAUUCCGAAUCAUAAAUGAAAGUCGGAAAGGUUGAUGUGCUUGAACAUAUGAAGUUGUCUCUUGACCCUAAUGGUGGCAAAGGAAGUGAUGGCCAUGGAAAUGGGCACAUUUCUCUCUACUUGAUGAUUGUUGAAACUAGCACUUUACCUCUUGGAUGGAUGAUAGAUGUCAAUUUCAAACUUUUUGUGUACGAACAAAUUAGAGACAAGUAUUAUGUCUUUGAAGAUCCUAAAGCAAAGGCUAGACGUUUUCACGCAAUGAAAACUGAAUGGGGAUUUUCAAAACUACUGUCGCACAAAGAUUUCGCUGAUGCUUGUAAUGGAUGUCUUGUGGGAGAUACCUGUGUAUUUGGAGCAGAAAUGUACGUAGAAAAUGAAAAUCAUUUUGGAGUUGGCGAGUGUUUGUCAAUGUUGAAUACUAAAGAUGAGGGAUUAACUUGGAAAAUUGACAAUUUUUCCCUCUUGGACGAGCUCGAGGAAGUCAUUAAGUCAACAGUUUUCACUGCUGGUGGACUGAAUUGGUCGUUAUCUGUCUAUACAAAGGGGGAUUCAAAAAGUGAUGGUGAAACCCUUUCGCUCCUUCUGGAUUUAGUGGAUCAUGAAGCCGUUCGAGGAGACUGGAAAACUUGUGCUCAGUUUCAUGAUCCUAAUGUUGCGUGGUUUGAUGACCUGUUUGAUGGUUGGCGUUGCUCUAACUUCAUGCCGCUGAGAGAUCUUCAGCGCCCAUCAAGAGGUUUCCUCGUGAAUGAUACAUUAGCAAUUGAAUUCAAGCCAGUUGUUAUACCCAACGUCAAGAAAUUCACUUGAACCUCUGUGUUCAUGUUUGUUAGUGUUUCGUAAUUACCUUGUCUAGCUAGAACCAUAUAAUGUUUGGCUUCAAAAGUAUUGUUAAUUAACUUUCUGUUUGGUGUUCAAGAUUGUAAUUCGUCUAAUGCCUUUAUCUUUU